AUGUCUGUUGCUUUUGACUUGCCAAAUGCCAUUACUCUAGAUAAACAUGGUGCUAAAACUGUUAGUAUUAGAACUACUGGGCAUAAAAAAUCAAAUUUUACAAUGAUCUUAGAUUGUCUAGCAAAUAGUACAAAAUUGCUAGCAAUGUGCAUAUUUAAGUUAAAAAAUAUGCCUAUAAACAAUUUUCUCAAGCUUGCUCAAAAUAUGUAUAGAUGUAAACAUUCACUCUUAGUAUUAGAUUCUUUUAAAGGUCAUAUUACCAAUUUGGCUAAAAAAAAUUAUAGUGAAAAUAUAAGUAAACUUCAACUAUUAGAUGUUAUAAUAAACUAUUCUUUUAAAGCAAAACUUCGUAAUUUCUGUUGUGGAAUUUCUAGUGGUCAAGAUUUUAAUAUAGAUCAGCAAUAUGAAAUAGAAAAUAAAGAUUAUAUUGAAUUGGAAGAUAAUAUUGAAUUAAUAGAUCUUACUAACAAAGAAACUGUUUGGGUUGAAAUGAAAGAUAUUGAUAAUAUCUAUAGCGAAGAACCUAUGGUUGAAAAUGAUUGGGUAUUAGUUUCAUAA